UUGUAUUGCAGGAAUGCUAGUUAUGUUUAUACCACGGAAUACCCAUCAUAUUACCAGUAUCAACCGGUGCACUCACCAACACAAACUUACGUUGUACAGCAAGAAGGUUCACCCGCAUCCGUAGAAGAAGAUGUUAGCGCCCAACUGGGUCAUACAGCACGUGCUUCACCUGCUACAUUUAUGUAUUUUUAUAACUUUAGGCAUUGUAAUGAUAAUAAACUUGAACCGGUGAAUGCAGCAUCAUUUGGAAAACUGAUUCGAUCAGUGUUUCAUGGUCUACGUACUCGUCGUCUGGGUACACGUGGAAAUUCUAAAUAUCACUACUACGGAAUUCGAAUCAAACCUGAUUCACCAUUAAGUCGUGGUGUUGGAACGGUAAUGACGCUGGGUGAAGAUUAUAAUCAUACUUCAUUGGUAUCAUCAACCCAUUCUGUCAGUCAUUUGCCAUCAAGAAGCUCAUCUCGGCGUUCUGCUUUAAAUUCUAAUUUAGUCAAUCGACGAACCAAUACAAAUGUAAUGGAAACAGGCGCUAUGUUCGGCCAUUUAUCCGCUAAUUCGGCAUCGAGUCCCUCGUUUACCUAUGAACAUGAUUUGGAUCGAGAAUCCCUUGGCAGUGGUGAGGUACCACAGGUUGCAAUACCUGAUAUGCAAGGCUUAGAAAGUUACUUAAGACCAUUGGGAUUAACGUUGCAGCAUGCAGUGCGUUUUAUUGAAUGUUACACCACCAAUUGCAGUGAAGUUUUGGAAUGCAUUAAACAACUGCAUUUUGAUAUGGUUGAAGAAUGCUGGACAACAUUUUGGCAACCAGAAAAUGAUCAAGAAGAUGUUGAAAAUGAUGAUUAUGCUAGUAAUGACAGGCCACUGAAAGCUCUUAGUCAGAUACAACUUUUCCGUUUGUGUACUGUCCCUCAAAUGCAGGCAUUUGUCCAGAAUAUGGAUUAUGCAUUUUAUCAGGUGAUUGCUGAAGUUCUCGUGCCAGAUGUAUUGAGCCCUCGUAUGUCAGGAACACUGACUUUGCAAAUUCGUAAUUUUGCAAAAACGUUGGAAAUGCAGCUGAAAAAAGCAAUGCAAGGAGCACCUGAUGUAAUUCAAAAGAAAAAGCUAAUCGUUGUUCGCACCCUGGCACAAGCUUUGAGACGGUAUACAUCACUGAAUCAUUUGGCUUCUGCUGCACGCGGUGUCUUACAAAAAACGGAUCAGAUUCAGCAAAUGUAUCAAGAUUUUAAUCGCGUCGAUAUAGCUAGCAUCCAGGAUCAGGCUGGCUGGGUCUGUGAUUGUGAUCCAAUAUUAGUUUCCAAUCUGCAAUCGGAUUUUCGAGAAAAUUUGCAAAAACAGAAAAGUUUAGAGCAGUGGGCAGAGUGGAUGGAAGCUGUUGUUGACCAGGUUUUGGCAAAUUAUCAUGAUAAACCAUAUGUUGUUUUGGCUGACGUUUCAAAGCAAUUUUUGAAAAAUUGGUCUUUUUACAGUUCCAUGAUUAUUCGAGAUCUAACACUUCGUUCCGCUCAGUCAUUUGGUUCUUUCCAUCUUAUUCGACUACUUUUUGAUGAAUAUUUAUUAUAUUUAGUGGAGCAACGACUUGCUAAAGCGUCAAAUAAACCAGUCAUUUACGUGAUGACACAGGUGCUAGAAAAUAUGUCUCUUAAUGAAGCAACAGAUCCAAACACAACAGGACGAGUUGAAAUUCUGGGUUCACAAUCAAUUAUAACGACAAAUGGAAUAAGCCUUCUUGAAGAAACUGAUAGUACUAAUUAUUUUGGUUCCCUUGAAGCUCAACCAGGUGUGAAUAUUGUUUACAUGGAUGAAAGUUCCGGUCAAACACAAGCUAUACAUUAUGUAGAUAUGCGAGCUUCAAAUGGAUCAGCACACAUGGAUGCUUUGGAACAAAUUGUUCAAAGAAGUGAAAUGACAUUGGAUGAUGUGAAAAGUGGUCUUGUUGAAGAAAGAAACAAAGAUCUGGAUUUAAUUUAA